UAUAAUGACGUAUGUUUAUGGUUUAUAAUUAAGCAGCUUGUUUGCCAGUUAUCGUAGAUGUCUGCCUUUUUUUCAUUCAGAUCGCAGUCGCGUAUUGAUCAGUUAAACAAGCGUGAGGGGGGAUAUGUUAAUGUCACAGACAUAAUGCUGACAGAAAGAGACUAAUGCUGAAAGAAAAAGAAAGGGCAAAAUGUUCUGGAGUGACGGUGGAAGAUCGGGUCCUGCUGAAGUAGGAGCACCAUUUUCAUGUGAGUCAUCAUGGCGAGUCCAAGGACCAGAAGAGUUCUGAAGGAAGUGAGAACUCAGGAUGAGAAUAAUCUGUGUUUUGAGUGUGGAGCUUUUAACCCUCAGUGGGUUAGUGUGACAUAUGGCAUCUGGAUUUGUCUCGAGUGCUCUGGCAAGCACAGGGGCCUGGGAGUACAUCUGAGUUUUGUGCGCUCGGUCACCAUGGACAAGUGGAAAGAUAUUGAACUGGAGAAAAUGAAAGCAGGUGGAAAUGGAAAAUUCCGCUUGUUUCUUGAAUUGCAAGAUGAUUAUGAUCCAAACUGGACUCUGCAGGAGAAAUACAACAGCAGAGCUGCUGCACUCUUCAGGGACAAGGUCGCAACAUUAGCAGAGGGAAAGGAGUGGUCCAUUGAGACCUCCCCUGCAAGAAACUGGACGUCCCCUCAACCCAAAAGCACUCUUUCAUCCUCUCAUCGUUCUGGAGGAUCUGGACAGAACUCGGCGAAAUCCAGUGAUAAAGCUUUUGAAGACUGGCUGAGUGAUGAUGUUAACUCUUAUCAGAGUGGAGGUGGUUACAGUGGGAAUCAAGAGAACCGGUACGUUGGAUUUGGCAACACAGUGACCCCAGAGAAGAAAGAAGAGGACUUCCUGAACAAUGCCAUGUCCUCUAUUUAUUCAGGUUGGAGCAGUUUUACUGUUGGAGCUAGCAAGUUUGCCUCUAUUGCCAAAGAUAAUACAACUAAACUUGCAAACCAAGCAACCUUAAAGGCCACUGAGUUAGGACAGACAUUAAAUGAGAAUGUUAUCAAACCUACUCAAGAAAAGGUGAAAGAUGGCAAAUUGCUAGAUGAAAUGGCAGUCAGCAUCACUGGGCUGGCAAACAAGGUUCAGGGAGCUGGGUCAAAGCUGACUAAUCUGUUCUCUGGAAAACAAGAAGAUGGGUCUGCUGGUGAGAGCUACCAAAACAUGGAUGCCACUGAGGGAUAUCAGGGUAGUUCUAGCCAGCCUGUCGCAAGGGACUUCUGGGAGACCUUUGGCAGCAACAGCUCCUUAAAGGCUAAGAAAUCUCCCAGCAGUGACAGCUGGACCAUUGCAGAUAAUUCUGCCAAGAAGAGCUCUGACAGUUGGGACAAUUGGGGCUCUGAAGCAGCAUCCAACAACAAACACAGCACAGAAGAGAGCUGGGAGGCUUGGGACAACAACUGGGAGAAUGCAGAUGGUAAGACAAAGAAGAGUCCCACGAAACCUGCUGAGGAAACCUGGGAGAACGCAGACUGGUAGUGACCUCACAAAUCUACAUCUUCUUACCUUUUUUCCUACUCUGGCCUUUUUCCCUCUGACUCUCUCUGUUCAUCUCAACGGCACUUACAGGGAAAGCUCCAUUAGCUUUGAUCCUGUUAAUGCAUUUAAAAUAUAUUUAUUAUCCUAGAAGCAAAAGAAUGAAGCCCAGGGAUGAGUUGAGCUCAUCAUGAGACGACUAUUCAUAACUUUACUGAAUAUCAGUCCUGUAUAUUAUUGUAAAUCGUCCUUAUUAAAGGGAAUUGAGCUAAAUCAGACCAUAAUGUACUGCCUGGACCUCCCCAAGUAUAAUACUCUUAAAGGUUAAGAAGCCACUGUUCAUACUGGAUCGCAGGUUUAAUUUCCGUAUUAAAAAAAACAAAGCAUGAAAGAGAAAAUCUGAUGUUGUAAAUUUGAACCCUUGUAAAUACAGUAUCACCAUCUAAACACUAACAACUUUAUGUUCUGUGUUUAAUCAGGUUUGGCCCCUUAAACAUUUUCAUCUCUGUUUUGUAAAAUGGAUCAAAAAUACUUUUUCACAUAAUAAAGUUCAUUCCACCUCGUGUUUACCAUUAAUCAAAAUCUCUUUGGUCACGUACAGUUUAAAUAAAAUGAUCUGAUGUAUAAUGAGUUGAGAAUAAAUCUCCCUCAUGGUAUUAAUUAAUUUCAUUUUAAUGAGCAAGUAGCUUUUUUUUCCUUUCUUUCCAUCUUCCCAGUAGAGACCUGCAGAUACAACACUGUCAUGUUAUCUGCACCAGCAAAAGUGCAGAUAGGCGAAGGCAACGGAACGCUUUGAAGUUUGGCAUGUCUAAAAGUUAGUAACUGCCAUUCUGCUAAAACAGCUGCUUUAGGGUAAAUCCAACUUGAAAUCAAAUUUUCAUUGAAUUUGACCCCCGUUUUGCAUUUGCGAGCUUUUUAAGCCCUUUGAUUGGUUGGAUGAGUUAACUUUCAGUCAGCACAACCUGUCUGUAGGCCCAAUUCCCACUAAAAUGUUCUUUUAAGCACAUCCAACAUCAUAUUUUAUUUUAUUUUUUGUUACACAUCCUUUCAAGUAGUGUUGCUUUAUGUUGCAACAUUGUUUUUUAUUUGCUUCACUGCUUAAAUUAAACUGCUAAAUAAAUAUGCCCGGAAUACCUGCCAAUGCUAGAAUAGAAUGGGGGUGGUAUUGCAAUAUUGUGUGUUUUCCUCUCAUUCUGACCUCAGAGCUGUUUGAAGUGACUUGAAACAGAAUGAACUUUCCCAUUAGAGUUCAUGCAAUCAGAUCUGGCUGCAUUCACUUGCAAUGUGGUUUAGACUGGGCUCAGGUUGGACCAGGUGUUUUGAUCAAGUUCUCUUAUUAAUGAAUGAAUAAAUAAGAGUAAUCACUCAUAUUAUUAAACAAAAGAAAAUGUAUUUAAAGAUUUCUAGUUUUGUUUUCAAGAGACAUAUUGUGAAAUUUUUAAUAAGUCAUGUCUAAAGAUGAUAUACAGUUUAUUGUAGAUAAUUUCACACGAGAGGUCCUCUUUGCUGGUUAUACUCUGUGUACUGUAUGCAAGGGUGAUGGUUGUGUGUCAUUAAUUGGACACAAGUUUGGAUUUUUAGACUGUUUUAUUAUCAGCUCGUGACCAUAGCUGGUGACAGGUCAUUAUAGAUUUUAUCUCAUACGAAGCAUCUCUGUGUCGAGUGUUGUUGCACUGUGGUCGUUGUUUAUAUUACGAAGAUUCUGUGUCACCGAUAUCUCUACACUGUAUUAACAUCUGAAUUGCGGGGUAAUGCUAAUGAGGCUCAUUAUAUGCUGGAUGCUUUGAUGGUCAUAGCUCUCAAAUGCUUGUUAUGAAUUAAUUUAAUCAACCUAGUGCAUCCCUCGGUCAGAUUAAAUGGCAGCUGUGCUCACGUUGUUCAUCAGAGAUGCAAAUGCAUUUUUUAAAAGUUCAUGGUUACAACAAGCGGAAAUGUAAUCAGUGUAAAAUUGGGCUCUAGUAAGGUGUCUGGGUUGAAGUAUAGGGCAAUUUUGCAUCAGCUAAUUUCUUAUGUGGCCUUUCAUUUCCUGUAACCCUGUAAAUUUUUUGCUUUUCAUGCAAAAAAUCUCCUCAUACAACACUAGUUUAAUGUCACUAAACCAAUUACAACUUCAGGUUUUGCUAAUAUCAAAAGUAACAUGAUUGAUUUGCAUUUCCUGGUGCUUUUAUUGGCCAAUUGUUUACUCCUGCAGACAGUCCUCAUUGGACACGAACACUUAGCUGAUUGAUUAUUGAAGAAUAAAUGCUCCAUUACCAUUUUCCUACCUCUAAGAAGUCUUUGCUUUACUGCCUGGGUUAAUUUAGUGAACAUGUUUUAUUUUAUUUUUCUUCAUUCUUUAGCACUGUUUUAUUGUAGACCUUAUCACCACUGGUAGUGUAACAGUAAAGCAGCAAAUAUGAGUCUACAGUGUCAGUCUGUUUUCAGUGAUAAUGCGGUGCUGUAAAGAAAAAAAAAAAUUUAAUAAUCACUCCUGGAAGAUUUGUGUUGCUAAACCUCUGCAGUCGUGUUCAUGUCUGGUCAUGUGAUCAAAGCCUUAAACAGCUGUGUUUGCUUUCUGUUGAUACUGGUGCCACUUUACUUGUGUAUAUGUCAGAUAACGUCAAAUGAUUCACUGUUACCCUCAACUUUUCCCUGUAUUACUGAAGUAUGUCAACUGUUUUAUUAUUAUUUUUAACUUUAUUAUGGCAUAAAACUGACUGCCAGUAAAUGGAUAAAUUCUUUUUGAUCUGCUCUCACUGUAUCUAAACUGUUUAGUCCUGAUAUACCAUAGUUUUUCUUUUAGUGAAUCUCUUGCUGGGGUUACUAGUAAUUGAUUUUUGGAUGAUUUGCAGAAUUUGUUUGUUAUCAAAAUGCAUUUAAAUGACUUAAAAUAUUUUUUUCUUUUUUUUUUUUAAAAGAACUGAUUGUAUUUUUUGCCACAUGAAGUGAGUCAAAUUCUGAACUUUCCAGAGCAGCAGUUCUGCUCAUUUUCUGUGCCUGUGGAUAACUUGAGAAUGGGUAUGUCUGUGUUUGUUGACUAAACUAAUAAUUAUGUCAGAAAUUGAUGUCAUGCAUGAGAUGUUAUGUGAUGCUAAAAACAUUCAGUUGUUUCCUAAGUGAAUUUAAGUGCAGUCGUCUGCUUGACCCUUCAAGUUUCACCAGCAGCCAUCCUGAGGUGAGCCAGUGUUACCGUACCCCCUCCCCCAAGGCUCUGGAUAUUUCUCCUGUACACAUGUUUCUGUGUAGAAUUAAAGAAAAAAAUGUGUUGUGAA